UGUUUUUUUUAUACAUGUUUAUUUCUUUUAGUGACGUUAUAAAGUAUGGUGGAAUAAAAGUGGAAACUGCAUUAGAUUAUUAAUCCCUUGAGGCAAGAUCAAAAUAAUGAAUAAAUAGAUAUUCUCGUAGCAGUGCUUAAAACAAGCUUUAAAGGCAAUAAUAACAUUGUUUAAAGUGUGUCUACGCUAAAUAUUUUUAGUAAAAUACAACUAACGAAUCAUGGCUGUUGGUAGAGUGGCUGGAACUGGAAACAUUGGAUACUCAACCAAUUUUCGCGGUGGAGCAGGAGGGCCGCCUUUUUCACCUCACGAGCGCCAGCGUUCAGGUUCUCGUUGAUAAACACACGUCGAUCCGACGGCAUGCCGAGAUGUCUCAGCUUAAGGUCCCGCCUACGCAGGUAAUAUGAGACCAUCAAAAACUUUUACAGAUGGAAUACAUACAAAAACGCGCCAACGACAUGCAGCUGAUCGCCCAGCACAAGUACGGGCUGCGAGUUAAAGAUCAGGUGCGCUUCCAGCAGAUGAUCGCCAGCCUGGGCCGGUCGGCCGCCGUCGUGGACCUGCUCGAGUCGAAGGCGUCCAGUCCGAUCGACUUCAGGCGGGACAAAAACCAAUCGAGCAAGGGAGCCGCCUUCAUCCUGUACAACUUUGCCCGACUGUCCGUGCUGUUCAGGACGUUCGAGGAGAAGCAACGCACCGGAUACUAUCCGGAACUUGCACCGAUCGAGACGAUCGAUUUUGGCCUGCUCAAGGAAGAGGACGAGUGGCAGCUGUUUUGGGUUUACGUUGCGGGUUUUCCCGCGAUGCUGCGACAAGCGCUGGGCGAUGGUAAGCUGGCGCGCGUUUCGCCCCAUGUUGUGCUCGGGUUCACCUCAGGGCUGGUGAUUUGCCUCAGCAAGUACUACCGACGCGUUCGGAUUUUGACGGUGAGUUGGGUAUUGUAGUUUCUAAAGUAGAGGCGUCUAAAUCAAAGGUGCUGGGUGUAAUGUAAAAUGUUGCGAAUUUUUCAACCACGCAAUCCUAAUUUCAAUCAGAAGUUUACUUUUUUUAGUUUAAAAACUAUCUACAGUAACGUUUCUACACAACACCUAUUGGGUUUUUGUAUGUUAACCGGCUCCGUGGCUUAUGGUUGCGGCUUCUGCCUCGGAAGCAGAAGGUUCAGGGAUCAAAUCCCGGUCGGUUCCCUUGAAAUUUUGAAUCAGGAAUUGAACUUUGAA